AGCGUGGGAAAGAGUGUCAGGUAAAAGAACUGGCUGUCCUACCCUGAAGCUGGUGUAAUGUGUGGAUAAGCAGACGUGACUAAAAUUUGAUUUAUUUGUCCGUUGAUACACAAAAUAAUGCCCAUAUUCGAGUUGCUGAAGAUAUUGCACGAUAUUGUGAGGAUAAGCGGACAAUAUUAUAUAUAACAGCGACUUCCUGUACAUGGCAACGUAUUGGACAAAAUUAGCGUCAUAUACCCCCCAUAAAAAUACCGACACAGUAUAAUAUUUUUUCACAACAACAUGUUAAAAUAAUCAGUCAAAUAAAAAACAUGUUCUUCGUUGCCUAUGUGGUUAGUAUAUAACAAGCAAAACGAAAUUGCAUAAGUUACGCCAGUUCAAUAAUUAAUCUACGCAGCUCAUUAGUCAAAUAUUUGCGGGGCAAUGCUUGCGUAUAAAUAUUAGACAAUACCUCAGCAAAUUUUCAGAUGCGUUUGGACAAAGAGUCGACUAAUGCAAAGUUUUUGUGUUAAAAUGCUCAUGCUUACAAAAAGCAUUUGCCUUAGCUAUAAAGAAUUUUAAACUGCAGGUCCGAUACAAAAGUUAUAUAGUCUUCGAGUUUUUUGCUGUUUUCCGGUCCGAUUAAAUGCAGUUUCAUAAUUUUUAAACGCAGGGUAUUUGCUUAGCUAAAAGUAAUGUCGUCGUAUGACAACCAAGCUAUGGCGACAUCGGUCAAUGACGUAGGUGUAAAUAUUGGUAACGAGAAGAAUGAUGACGUAAUGAAAAGUGACGUCACAUUUGAUGCCGAUUCGACGACGUCUAGCAGUUCGAAGUAUCGCAUUGAUUACAGUGUGGUAAUGCGUGAAAUUGGGGCACUGGGAAAGUAUCAGUUCCUGUUAGUAAUGAUGGCAUAUUGGGUGACAAUACCGUGUGGAAUCAACCAGGUAGCUUCGGUAUUUUUAGCGGCAACCCCCUCUCACAGGUGUGCUCUACCCCCGCUGGACGACAGCUCUCUUUACCCAAACCUAACCGAGGCCCAACUGAAGAAUUACACUCUGCCUUUGGACACUCGGACGGGGGAUUAUGACGAAUGUAAACGUUAUAAUUACUCUUUGACGUCAUGUACACCCGGUGAACUGAACUGUAUUUCGCCAUAUCCACCUAUUCCGCCAAAAGUUAUCCCUAUAAAAUGUGACAAGGGCUUCUACUACGAUACGUCAGUAUAUACGAGCACUGUUACAACUGAGUGGAAUCUAGUAUGCGACGACGUGAUCAUUGGGUCCGUAGUGACGGCCGUUUUCUUUGCUGGUGUGCUUUUAGGUUCCCUUGUGGGUGGGAACAUUGCUGAUAUAUUCGGCCGUUGCCCCACCAUGUUAGUUGGCCAACUUGCAAUGGCUGCUAUCGGUAUUGGCUGCGCGUUUGCCCCUAACCUGGUCGGGUUUGCUGCUCUACGAUUUACAUUGGCUUUGUUUCUACAAGCUGGUUACAUUGCUUGCUUUGUGUAUGUAAUGGAAAUAACAGGCGAGAAGUGGCGUACCAUGAUAGGAAUAAAUGUACAAGCUGUAUUCGCUGUCGGUUACAUGACUUUAUCCGGAUUCGCUUAUGCUUGGAGAGAUUGGAGAGACUUACAACUUGCUAUUUCAUUCGUUCCCCUGCCUUUUGUAUUUUUUUGGUUCUUUUUACCAGAGUCUCCAAGGUGGCUGUUUUCCAAAGGCAAAGUUGCUAAAGGUAAGAAGAUAAGUGAGAUGAUGGCUAAAAGAAACGGAAAUCAUUUAUCUGACGACGUUUGGCAACGAGCGGAAAAGGCAGGGCAAGAGCUAUCGGUGAGCGAAGACAGUUCUAAUUCUUAUUCUCCAUUGGAGCUGUUCAGACGACGUCGAAUGCGACUUAUUACUAUUAACAUGAUGUUUAACUGGUUCGUCAACUCACUGGUUUAUUAUGGCUUGUCGUUGAACGCUGGCUCACUAGCAGGCGACGACUUUGUGAACAACACACUGAACGGAGUGGUAGAGUUCGGAGCUUAUCUCUUUGUAAUUCUAACGAUGGACAGAUUCGGACGACGUAUUAUACUCUGCAUAUGUUUACUGACUGGAGGCGUCGCUUGUUUGGCCGCCACAGUGGUUAAUCAAUAUUCAGAAAAUAACCAAGAUUUAAUUAACCUUGGCACUGCAUUCGCUCUUAUUGGAAAGAUGGCCGUAUCAGGUUCUUAUGCUGUUAUUUACAACUAUACAGCAGAGCUAUAUCCUACAGUAGUCAGAAGCACAGCUGUUGGUUUGGGAUCAAUGGCAGCACGAGUUGGUAGCAUUAUUACACCUUUUACUUUGCAACUACAGUAUAUCAUACCAUGGCUGACAAGUGUAAGAAAUCUCUUAACACUACGAGUGUGGAUUAUAGACUAGGAAACGCCGAAAAGGGCUGCAAUCAGUAAAAGCGUCUCGAUACGAGAGAAUUGCUUGUUACGUCUUGAUUAUAAACGGGCGUUUAACCGCGGGGAAAACGAUUGAUUUGUUUUUACACACAAUCUAAAAUAGAUCAGAGGUUCUUAACUUGAAUGUCUGCCAAACUUUGUAUGAAUUCUUCAAAAUUUUACCAAACCCUUUAAUUUAUUGAUCAAUAACAAUUUAACAUAAAAUCUAAUAAAAGCCCGGCCGCUUAAACA